AUAUGGCAUAGAGACAAGUAUUUAAUAUUCUCACCAUCAUCAAUACCAUUGAAUAUCAAAGAGUUAUCAUUAUCAAAUCAAUCAAAUCGUUUGAUUACAAUCAAUGAUCAUUUACCAAAUGGACUUGAAAGAAUCACAUUUGGGAAGGAGUUCAAUCAGUUGAUUGUACCUGGUUCUCUGCCUCAAUCACUCACCUCAUUAACCUUUGGUCAUAUGUUCAAUCAAGUGAUCAGACCCAACAUCUUACCAAACAGCAUCACAUCGUUGUUCUAUGGAGUAGACUUCAACUCGCGAAUAAUGCCUGGCUCACUACCAGCUUCACUCAGAACAUUGAUAGUUGGAUAUGGAUAUCGUGCAAAGUUCAAUCAACUGAUUGAACCAUGCACGUUGCCAGACGGUCUGAUAGAGUUGGAGCUUGGGUCAUGCUUCGAUCAACCAAUUGAGCCAGGUAUUUUACCCAACUCAUUGACCAAGCUCACAAUCAAUGAUGAAGGUCCAGAGGCCUACACACAAGACAUCUUACCCGGCGCAUUGCCCGACUCUCUCAAUGACCUGACCAUCGACAGUCUGUACCUACGACCCAUACUCGAUGGGGUAAUCCCAUCAUCUUUGACGUCACUCCAUCUACGCCUCACUGGCUGGAGGGAGUGUGUGUUCCCUCAACAUUCAUCACUGACAUCACUAUCACUGAUACUGAAGAGUGGUGGAAUGCCACGCCCACUUCCAACCAGUAUCACACGAUUGAAACUCUCGUCUGACGGUGAUGCCUUCAUCCCGUCACUUAGCAUACCUCAAUCAACCAUUGAGUUGGAGUGCUAUGGCUUCCCCUUUCAAAUGAUAAUGGCAGCACUUCAUCCAAAGCUUCAUACAUUUCUCCUAACACUAAAGUUUGGUAAUGUCGAAUGCAUCGAGUUGGAGCCAAACCAACUUCCAGUAUCACUCACAUCUCUGACCAUUGGUUGUUUCAAACAGCCCAUUGUACCAGGCCUGCUGCCCGACAGCCUUACCUCUCUAUCCUUUGGCCAAUUCAACCAGCUCAUCUUACCAAACACUCUGCCAUCAUCACUGAUCAAUCUUGACCUUGGUUGGUUAUAUGACAAACCAAUCGUCCCAGGCAUGCUUCCAUCAUCGCUCAGAAAGUUGUCAAUCAACAACCUCAAUUUCAAUAGUGAACUUGACUUUGGCUCAUAUAUCUCAUCACUAACCAAGAUCAGAUUGGCAGGCACCCGCUCAACCAAAGGAGUAGUGUUCCCCAGAUCACUCAAACAUCUUCGUAUCCUUGAUCAUUCAUAUAUGGGACUAUGCCAGGCCAGCGACUUUGAUGAUGGCAACAUGCAUUCGGUGGCCUUCCAACGAAAGAUUAACAAAGUAACAGGCAUCCCUACAAUUCCAAACUUGGUCAAUGUGGACAGAUUGAAAGUUAGGUUUAAAGUCAAUCACCAGAGUGGGUAUGAUCAAUCACGUGGACUGGUCCAUCAGGCCAGAGUAAUGAUAGGUACAUUGCUUAGGAACAUACCCAAUGUAAAGACAUACAUCAUAGAAGAUAAUUGGUUUUGUGAGGCACAUGUACGAAGGUUGGAUGAAAGCAGUGCCAUAUGUUUGAUCAGAACAAGGGAUAGCGAAGAUCUACCUAUUCCACGAUACCAUGUCAACUUUAUUAGAAACAUUGAUCAAUUAUCUAUUUCCACCUUUUGUGCAAAUGAUGACAAUUACAACUCAAUCCAGGAUACAGAUUCGCCCAACAAGAACAAAAGGGUAAGAAAUAUUAUUGGAAAGACA